UGGAAAAGUGUGAAAACAGUCGUAGGACUUCACAACGGUGGAAAUUUUCGUGCGUAGAAAAUUUGAGAAAAGUGAUGAUUUUUUGGCACUUUCCGUGCUAAAUGGUUACCCACUGUGUUCGUUAUGAUGGAACUACUGGAUGCCGGUAGAUAUAGUGAGAAUUUUCAUGAGAUUUUCGUUAAAAAUCUCGCAAACAGGAAAAGUAAGGAUGAUAAAAUUAAGCGUAAGGAACGUAGUAUUCAGGUAACUCUGGAAGGCGAAUCCCUGUCAUCGUGGAUCGAAAUCGCACCGAAUGCGUCCAAGUUUGCCAUCUACAAUGCGAUCCGGUCGAUUGUCCUGGAGGUCGAAACCAAGAACUCUAGAUUGAAUCUGCUUGGUGGUUCGUCGGGAAAGCUGCCCAAGUCGUUUUGCUACCAUCAAAAUUCCGGUAAUGACAAUGAGCAGAAUUGCCUGUCGUGUAAGGAGAAGGCGAAGGAUGUUGGAGCGUUCAAGGAUGCGGAUGUUCCGGAGUUCGAUUUCGAAGAAAACUUUGAACCUGAGGAUAUACAGACGUUCAAUGUCCCUAAGAUCGUCGGAGCCGGGUUAGAAAGUCUAUUCGAAAUCAUAUCAGAAACUCGAACGGAACAUCCGAGGAUAUGCACGAAGGCACUGAAGUCGCUUUAUGAUAUAAUACAAGGUCAAGAUCCCGAGAGCUUCCGCAAUGAACCCGACAAACUGUUCAACUCACUGUACGACAUCCUACUGGAGCUCGCUACCAUGCACAGCCAGUCGCCGGCGAAUGCCAUCCUGCACCAGAAAGACGCCAACUGGUCUUCGAUCAGUUGUUCGACCCUGCUGGCGCUGUGCAUCGCCAAAGGGGACACCGGCAAGCUACUGAAGGCCAUCACGUCCAUCCUCAUGUCACCGAAAAUACUGUCCGGACAGUUGAUUCAGCUACCGCAAAGUAUCAUCAAGCUGCAGCGUAGCGUCCACUCGGUUGCCCUGGGCAAGCUGAACAUUCCAGAUUAUUAUGCCUAUGGGAUUUCGCAAAAUAGUUUGAUCGAUCACUUCACCAUAAAAGAUUACAUGUUUGUGGAAAAAGUGUUCAAUCCGAAUUGUAUUGCAUCCGAUGGGAGAUACAUCUAUAUCCUGAUCGCAAAGUCACUGGUGAAGAUCGGUUCGGGUUUUAAUGGAACGGUUCCGGGAUUUAUCUACGGGAUCGCUAAAGAUUUCGGCAAGGACCGAAAUGAAUGGAUAGGAUUUUGUAAUAAUAAGCUAUUCUACAAGAAACUAACGAAACGGAAUAUGGACAACCUUCUCAUUGUGGACACAGAAACUCUCCAGAUUACUGGCUCAAUUCAGACACAAACAUCCGUGUCCACGAAAGAUGGUAACAAUUGCUUAUUGUUCACAGAUGGUGAAUCAAUAUGCUGUAUUUGUACGUCUUCAGGAAGCGACAACUUAUUAGUAAAACAACUGUACUCGAAAAACUCCUUUGCCUUCGAUCUCAAUCUGAAACUGGCCAAGAACGGUUUCCACACCUUAGGAUACUCCAUCAUAGAGGAGGAGAUAUUGAGCGAAAAUCAGCUGAAGAAAAUACAGAGCUCGAGCAAUAGCUUCGUCCCUGCCUUGCCCAACGAAAUCCAUCUCGCUGGUAUAUCCUGCGGUAAGGAGUUCGGCUUAGUGCUGGGCAGCAACGGCAAAGUAUUCUACUACGGAAAGGGAGCCAGCCUCGGAUUGAAGGCAGUUGGGAAAAACCCCAGUCUGAAACUGAAUGAAAUCAUAAUUUCAAAAACAACCAACUUUUCCCAGGUGGCGGUUGGACACGACGGAGUCCAUGCUCUGAUGUUGAACGAAGAUGGCACGGUGUUCUUUGCUGGUACUGCUCGGAGAGGUGAAGAUGGCGAACAAUCCAAGAACCGUCGUCAGCUGAAGGCUGUCAAGCCAAAAAAAGUCAGUAAAAUCGAUGGAUACUUCAUUACCCACGUGUCAUGUAACAAUGGCACGUCUGCAUUCGUUACCAAAGAUGGCAAGCUGAUCAUGUUUGGAAAAGACACCAAUUACUGUGACUCGGCCGGGAUUGUAACGGGACUCAACGAAGUAGCCAUUGUGAAGGUUGGACUGGGAAAAGCGCACUGCGUGGCGUUGGACGCUAAAGGCCAGCUUUAUACGUUUGGGCUCAACAAUAAGGGUCAAUGCGGAAGGAAAUUCACUAAAGAUCGCAAUGAUGAAACAUUCGAUCCCAAACCGAAACUGCCAACUUUCAAGCCAAUGUGCCCCAUCGAUGAGCACACCAUUGUGGACGGGAAGUGCAGGAUUUGCAACGUGUGUCGCGAAUGUACGGGAUACAAUACUGCUUGUGUUUCGACCAAGAAAACUUUUGUCAACGAACGGAUUCCUGGAACGCCUUGUACAUGUGGACACGGAAGCGCCGGUUGCUCAAAGUGUGGCAGUUGCAGUGCUUGUGUGGCGUCUCAAGAAAGCGGAUCUCUGCCGUUUGAAAACAAUGCUGACAUUCAGUCCAACGCAGAAAAGGUUAAGGAAAUUCUACAACGGAGAUACGAGAACCUUCGCCAUGGCGAAGAAGGCAAUCAAUUCUCCGAUACCGAUACGCCUCGCGUAAUUCCUGUUCCACCUCAAAGAGUCGAACUGGCCACGAAAAGUCCUAUCGUUCAAAUCAGUUGUGGUCUUCAUCAUACGGUGGUGUUGACUCUGUCAGGAGAGGUGUUUACCUUCGGUAGCAACCAGUACGGACAGCUGGGAACCGGCGAUUUGCAACCUAUUUCUGGUGCCCAUUUGGUCAAAAUACCGCAGAUGGUGAACCAAGUGGCAGCCGGUAGCAAUCACACGGUAAUUUUGACUACGAAGGGAAUUGUAUACACGUUCGGAAACUAUCAGAAAGGACAACUUGGUAGAUUACCGGGUGAAACUAAUUUGGGAGGUGCAGCUGACUUGUUCGGUGGUAAUGCUUCGGGGAGAGCGGACCAAGCUAACGAAAGAGCAUCAGUAGCGGACAUCCUGCUUCAAAGACAGAAAUUUCUUUGGAAUUGCUCACCCGGAGCUGUUACUGGUAUUGGACCAUCAACGGGCAAGAAAGCAUCCUGGAUUGGAGCUAGUGGUGAUCAAACGUUCAUCAAAAUUGACGAAUCUCUCGUCAAUGCUUCGAUGCUGUCUAAAUUCAAUGUAGUUGCUGAUAAGAACACUAUUUUGUUGAUCCCGAACAAUCAGUAUCAACUGAACUCAAUUGCCAUCAAUCGGCGUAACGGCAACUGUAAAGCCCACAACAUCAACCAGUUUGAUUUCAGGGUUUUGUUUGAUAGAAUGGACGAGAAAGAUGCGUUCGGAAGGAAGAAAUCCAAGGCUCAACAGCAAGCUCCGCCACAGCCGUACCACAACGUGGAAGCUUUGCACGAAAACCAGGAACUGGUUCUGUCCGAUUCAGACCUGUGCUACGAAUCGAAAUAUGGCUUAGAUUCGCAUAAACAACCAACCGUUAGUCUUGCGUUCGCUAUGGAUCCUUGCUUUGGAGUUCUUUGGGGCUUCGAUAGUGUUUCCAAAACCAUGAUGUACUUCAACGUAAUAGCUUCAGAAAUUUCACCUGGUUCGGAGAAUGCCAAAGAUCUAAUUGCAAUUUUAACACCGGAAAUUGCUCUUCCUACACAAUCGGAUUAUGAAGUGACCCGUUACCAGGCCUCACUUAACAUCCUUGCUACGCUUGAUAUUCUUACCACUAAUCAAAAAGUUCUCAAAACAUGUUUCGUACCCUCCGAAGUGGUACUCAAAAUAAGUAUCGACGGGAAAGAAAACAGUGAAUACAAUACAGUGUGUCGGUUUGAAAACUUUGGAGGCGGUUGGGGUUAUUCCAGCUACAGCGUAGAAGCUAUUCGUUUUAUGUGCGAUACGGAUGUUAUUGUUGCUGGCUUCGGUAUGUACGGAGGACGCGGUGAGUACACCUGCAAGUUAAAACUAUUCGACCAAGGAUACGACGGUGGUGCUAACGAAAAAGAUGGCAUACUCAUAUCAGAAGUAGAGGAAAUUCCCUUUGAAUGUCCUGCCAAAUGUAAAUUCAACAUAACGCUACCCAGUCCGGUAACGAUAAGCGCCAAGCGGUGGUACCUGGUGCUGACUAAAAUCUCUGGCCCAUCGUCAGAUUGCGGUUCUUCCGGACAGUCGACUGUAACCACCUCGGACAAUGUGGUGUUUCACUUCAAAACCUCGAAAAAGGCGAACAACGGUACGAAUGUAAACGCCGGACAAAUUCCAUCCAUUCUGUAUCGAACACUGUCGCAGAACAGUAAAGCCGUAUUUCCAUCUGUUGCUGCUGACCCCGUGUGCAAGUUGUCUAAGGUGUUCGCCAAUUCACUGACGAAGGAUUGCUUCGAAAGUCUGGUCAUGUUGUUGAAUUGGUCCUGGAGCUCGUUCAAAGUAUCGACAACGGAUAUGCUAGAAACGCGCAAAUCUAACCAAAACGUAAUUUCACUGAAUCGGUUGGUCUACAUCUGCAAAGCUAGUCUGAGGCUGCUGCGAAAAUACAUUAACGAAAUUUACCCCUACAAAGGGUUCAACAAUGGCGAAAAGUACCCAACUAAGCCUAAAAACGUUACAAGCCGACCGGAAUCCAAGCUAGAAAAGUCUCCCAAAAACAAAGUAUACGAAGGUAAUGCAUUACUAUCGUCAGUCGACAGCAAAUCAGACGUACUCAAAGUGAACGACAUAAACAUUAUGGAAAUCAACACUCCUAUGUCGAGCAAGAAAAUAGCAUCGGAGAGCAUUCAGCUUGCCGAGUGCAUUGGAGACGUGAGAGCACUGCUUACUCAAAUUCUAUGCGAUGAACUGCCUUACCAGUCUGGCAACGAUAUCUGCGCUAUGAUUCUGGAUGUGCUUGACGAAUGCCACACAACGUUUGUUAGCUGCUUCAAUGCCUUCUAUCCGACGUCUUUCCUGAAAUGGAACUGCAUCUGCAAUCUUCUAGCGCAAAUCGAUAAAGGGAUCUUGCAUUCAAGGCUCCUGAGUGGAGUGCUAGCGGGGCUGUGUGAUCCCAACAUCAAUCUGCGAUCCACCUUUUCGGUACUGUCUCCAAAUGUCGAAUAUAAAUCGCUCAUAAGUCCCAGCGACAAUUUAGGUUUUCCGAUGCUGGUUAGCUCGGAAAAUUACCAGUAUCCUAUUCUCGUGGAACAAAUGCUGUAUCGAACGCAGAAGGAGAAAACAAUAACCGGGAAUACGUGGACGUUCAAGGAUGUGCUGAGCCGCUUGCUGGAUAUCAUCUCUAAACCAAUUCGCUUGAAGAUAGAAAACAUUUAUAACAAUCAGGGUGUCGAUAUCUAUAACGGAGAUGCCAUGAAGCGAUGCUUGAAUAACAACCUUAUUACAAACUCGUGUCGCCUGUUGUCCAAGGUGCUGGCCGAGAUUAUCUAUCAGAAUUGCACGAUUGAUACCGAAACAGCUAUUGUGCCGUCCAAUGUUCUGCACUCCAGUGGGAAUCGCUUCGCCAAGGUAGAUGUCAGCAAAACGUGGAACACGGGAAAUUUUGGACCGGAUGCCAUCGCAUUUACAGUCGAUCGACCGGGAAUAUCAAUUGCUGGUGCAUGUGUUUAUUCCGGUUCGGGAAGCUACGAAUAUCAGUUGGAAUUGUUGUAUGAUAGCAUGGAGUCUAAAAGCCAACUACAGCACAAAUGGGAAGUCAUCGAGUCAGUUGUCGGAGCCUAUGAACAGAGCAUGGUCAAAAACUUCAUGACAGAAAUCAAGUUUGAUCGAGCAAUCAACAUCAAAGAGAACGUACGCUAUGCUUUACGACUUUGCUCGCAAGGUGCCCGUACAUGCUCUGGCGAUGGAGGAUUCGCCGCAAUUCGUGGUCCCUGUGGAGCUACGUUCAAAUUCUAUCCCUGCGAUUUAAGUUUCAACGGGACUACUCCGGCCAGAGGGCAAAUUCCAUGUAUUCUUUAUUAUAGUAUUCCAUCGAUUAACGACAGUUACGCUGGAAAGUACAGCAAAGAAUCGCACGCUCGAGAUAUUGCACUGCAAAUCUCAUCAGAUGUAACGUCUAGAUGCAAAGAUCUACUAAUCCACGCUAGAAACGCAAUAGCAUUCUCAUCUACUUCAAGCGAUAAAAGCUCAAAUUCGUCUCACAAUACUCAUACUGUGGAUUCGGAGCACAACAUAACGCCAAUCGAGGAGCAUUUGGAUAUCGCCUGGAUUAAUAACUCGGAUAUUGCGAAUGUAAACAAUGUGACAAGUAGCAACUUUGAUCAGAACAAUUCCUCCACUGCGAAAGACAUAACGAAACGUAUCGAAAACUUUUCCAAGGGAAUAAUCGAAACGUUGAAGUUUGACAAAAAAUCGAGAAACUCAAUCGAUUUUGACAUCGAGAUAGAAAUUGGCGCGGAAGAGAUUACGCCAAAUGACUACAUCGAUGAUCGAAACAACAAAUUGGAUUCCAUCUCAAAUGGAAACGCUUCCGGGUUGGGAAUGCACAGCAAGGCUGAUAAUUUUUCAAUACUCAACGAUGCCGGGAGUGACGCGGAAGAAUUCAACCAUCAACUGAACCAGGAACGUAUCAUCCAGCUGUUCUCAGCGGAAGAUUCCUGUUUGUUCACCAUGCUACUGCCGUUAACGUUCGCCCACAUUGGACCACUUGUGUGCAGCAACCUGAAAAGUUCGGUUGAAGUUUUGGGUCUUAUUCGUGCCAUCUUACCACAUGUGUCAGCGUUGAAUCAAAUCAACAACUUCAAGCUGUACGACCUUGGCAAGUCGGAUAUGGGGGAAGCCAUUCGCAAAAGCAUGAGCGUCGAUCAUAGCGACCUAUGUACUACCAGUCACUAUUAUUGUAUUGUUGAAAGCGACCAUCCCUAUAAAUCAAGUUCUGUGGCAAACUAUCGCGUUGAGUUCCCCCCAAAUGUUCGUUGGAUGACGAUUGAGUUUGACCCACAGUGUGGCACGGUGCAACCGGAGGAUUAUGUCUACGUAAAGGUUCCGCAGGAUCCCGAUCGCAGUGGAGGUGACACGGCGCCAUUCAUAAAUGAUAACUAUGCAGCGACAAUCAACGCUCGUAAAAGUAAGGAGGUUAAACUGGAGGGAACAGUGAAAAUGGGAGGAGCAGUGAAGGAGGAACAAACGGAUAUUGAGUGGAUCAAUAUUAAGAAAUUCAACACUUCCCAGAAUUGGUCCAACAAUGCUAUUGUACUACCGGGAAAUAAGCUAGAGAUAUCGUUGGAAACUGCAUCAACGUACGUCCGAGAACAGAAAGGAAACAAGUACGGAUUCAAGUGCUUGGUCAUCGGAUAUGACAACAAAAAUCUAAUGAAAUAUCCAAGCACAUCGCUGAUACACCUGGAGUAUGAACUGUCUUAUCUGGGUGGACUGUGCAGUGCUAAUCUCCUGAAGAAGGAUCUCAUGUUUUCCGAUGACCUGACCGAGAACAUGGCGAACAUUGAAGAUACUCUCAAAAAGCAUGCCGCACUUCUGUCGAAAGGGUUGAUGGUCGCCGAUUCCGUUUUAACUAUCAAUAAUGCGCUGGAAUCCAAUCUACCAAUCACCGAACAAAGUUACGAGAAACAAUUCCUCAAGGAUUUCAUCUACGUGGCAGCUGGAUCGCCCGGCGCUCGAUUGGCCGCAUGGCUUCAGCCCGAGUCGCGUCUCGAUCCCAACAAAUGCGAAAUCAAAAUGUCACAAGAGCCGCUCCGGUGCGGCUGGCCGUCCCACUUCAUUAUCGAAACACGUGACCAAUAUGGUGAUGAAAUUUUCGUACCGGGCAUCAAGAUCGAAGUGAAAGCUUCUCUCGGCAGCAAUCUCAUCUCGGAGAGCAAUCGUAAGGUGCACAUGAAGUCGCGCAACGAUUCGCUUUAUUUGGGAGGCGUUGCUCUGCCACCGAAGAUUGGCUACGAGUGCACCUUCAAGGAGAAGGAGAAAAGCUGCCUAAAGGCAAUAACCGCAAUGAAACCCUAUCAGCCGUAUUCGUUUGAAGAGCUGCGCUAUUGCAAUUCGAUCCAGAGCAAAACCACUGAGAUGCUAACCGCAAACGAUUUGGGAAACAACACCUACGGUGUGUUCUGGACGCCGAGCGUCCCCGGGAACUAUAGCCUAACCAUCACCAUAGACGGUGUAUGCGUGGAGGAGAUUUACCGGGUGGAUGUCAUUGACGCCGGUCUGCCACCGUUGUCGCAGGAAACCACACUGAAGAAGGUUCAACCACCUACUAAGCUGCGUAAAUUUAUUGCAAAAAAUUCUGCCGGCUUGCGGGUGCGACUGCAUCCUACCUUGCAGUCGGAUCAGAUCGGGAUCGUCAAACUGAAUGGCAUCGUUUCGUACAUUGAUGAGAUGGAAAACGACGAUGGAUUGUGGGUGCGCUUGUCGACGGAAUCGAUCCGCGAGCACUGUACUUCCAGUUGGUUCCCAACGGAAGCGUGGUGCUUGCAGUACAAUCAGCAUCUGGGAAAGACCCUGCUGCAUCCGAUUCUGGAGUCGAGCUCAACCAAAGCUUUGAUGGAACAGGUAGAUCAAAGCAGUCCCACAACUUCUGAUGCUAACGAAGCAAAUGAGAACACUAUUGAUUAUUUUGAUUUUAUGAAGACGGAUCGUCCCGGAGAUGGGGGACCUGGAUCUGCUAAAGGUGAGGAACCGGCGACGGUGGUCAAAAUGAUGCAGAUCACUGACGCGUCGGAAGACAGUUCCGGCAGUGCCGCCAACAUCAACAUUGCCAACUUGAACCAGACCAACAUCGGGGCUGCUAUAGCGGGUGUGGUGGGCGGAGGCGCCAAAAAGAUGCAAGCCCUCCAAAAGUGGCUGAAAGGAGACAGUAUAGAAGAAAAUGAAUCUCCGAGGAAACGGAAGAACGAGGGCGGUGAUAUGAGAGCUAACGGCAACAGAUCCUUCGAUCGGAGUAGAAGCGUCAGCCCGGAGAUAUUUUCAUUAAGACGGUGCGAUUCGGCUAGUAGUACUAAAUCGGAUGCCUCAAAAAAUCUAACGCCCAGGCUAGCUCUAAGAACGGAUGAUAUUACAGAUGAUCGUAAAUCGACUGAAAAUUUGUCAGUACCCGAGGCUGGAUUUCCCUCAGCGAUUCCAUUUAACAAUAAAUCCCUGAAGAUUGAAUCCAAGGAGUUGCCGAAAAGAGCCCUCUCGCCUUCGAUCGCGGAGACUCUUCGUGCGGUAUUUUCCGCAUUUCUGUGGCACGAAGGUCUGGUUCACGAUGCUAUGGCGUGUGCUUCGUUUCUAAAGUUUCAUCCGAGCAUUUCGAAGAAAGAAAGUGAAAAUAUGCCAGUGGGAAACCCUCAUGAAAACUUGCUCACCAGGGAGCAAAAGGUUCUUCAACGACAUUCGGUAGAGAUAUCCAACGCAGGGUCGUACCUUAAUAUCCGUCCUUCUACCCUGGAGACCUUGGCCAAAAUUGGAAAUUGUUGUGUUCAUAAUCGGAAGCUACGCAAUCGAAAUGCGGACAUAUUUUCCUCGAAGGACGGCGAAUAUCCCCAACCCAGUGCUCUACCACCGGCACUCCGAUGUCUUGUCUACGUAUGGGACCAAUUGUGUUGCAAUUUCAUACAUUUGGUGGAAACCAACUCAAAUGAUAAGGAAAACGAUUUUAGUUCCCUCAAGUCGAAUAAACCUGGCGAUGAGAAGUCGGCCAAUGCUCCGAAAGUGCCUGGCCAGAAGAAGGUGGAGGACGGUUGCUGGUGUGAGCUGUGCGAUGUGUUUUUGCCAAUCCCCGUGACUUACCAUAUGCGAAUCGUGCAUCCCGGCUGCGGCAAGUAUGCGAAGGGGAAAGGCUACAACUCGAUUGGGGUGUACUGUGAAGGGUGGGCCGGAAACUGUGGCGACGGAGGUCAGGGUGUUUCCAGUUGGUAUCUGAUGUGCGAGAAGUGUAGACAGAAGUAUGUCAAUUCAGCAAAAGUUUCCAAUAAUGUAAAUUACAAUGGUCAGCAUCCACCGGGUAGUAAACCGGAAGGUGGUUCAAAUAUUUUGAUAGGGUUCAGUGCAGAGUCAACUAUACCCUCAGAACUGUUCACUAUUAUGAAGGAAAACUCUUUUUUCUUGAUGGAACUCAAUUCUUACAAUGGGGGUCUUAUAAAUAAAUCUUCCAAUAAUGCCUCUGAUGGGAAUGUCUUACAUGAACAGUCAGGUAGUAGUCAGUAUAAGGCGGUGAACCUUAAUGAUUCCUAUGAUUCAAGCUAUUAUAUUGAGGACAGAAAUGUCAAUUGGACUGGUGCAGUGAGAAAAGAUUCCUACAAAGAUCUCUAUGAAUCGUCCUCGGAACUUCUGUGGCCACCACCGGAAAUGCUAUCCUGUCUAGAGACCCUAGGUGCAAAGUCCAACAGUGACUUAACUUAUGAUCUAUUGGGAAUGAACAUGACCGGCAUGCAUGCGUUUGAUUUUAAGGUUAUAGAGGACGUUUCCAUGGAAGUAGCCGAAUCUUACAUUAAAAAUAUACAGACCUCACCUGCCGUUCCUUCGACUAGCAAAUUUCAUCGAAGUUUUUCUAUGGGCCAAGGAUGGAACACGCCUCAGAACAAACUUAUUAGCGACUACAAUCACCACAGUAAACCUGAAAAUGGAGCAAAAAACGAAGGACCCCCCAACGUAGUAUUGAGACGUAAGAAACAAUGCACGUGUUCGAGUGGGGAUUCCAACUUGCUGAACUAUCCAUCGAUCAAUCUCCAGAAGUUGGUACCUGAGCAACUCCUAAGCAACAAUUUUUCUAAGGAAUCAACACCAAACAGCAGAAGCAAGAACAAAGUGAACAGCAAAAUCAACGAUAAGAACAACAUUCAAACGAAUCCUAGAGCGGCUUUGAUUGCUAAUGUCAAACGACCGGAGGAUAUAAAUUUUUCUGAAUUUCUGGAGUUGUAUCACAACACGUCUCGCGAAAGUAACGAGAAAUCCAAAAACGCAGAUGACAAAUCAGAUGGGAGUGGUUCAAAUGGUUCCAACUCGGCGUACAAAAUGGAUCUACAAGCUGGGGCACUGUCUUUGCUCAACAGACCAUCAAUGACAUUUAUGCUGGAGAAGCACGAUCUGAAAAAGUUGCGAUACUCGAUGACCAGAAACCUUAGAAAAACUGUUUGCAAUAUUUAUAGCCUUCAGGCGUUGAAUUGGUUGCUCAGAUCGGUCACGCAGCCCAUCGGACUGCACGACAUAAUGUGGUGGUUCAUAUCCUCCUUGUCGUACUCCACCCAUGACAGCGAAGAUGAACCAAAACUGGACGAAGGUGUGCUUGGCCUGGAGCACCCCGGGUCUAACCAAUUCAAUGGUCCUCUUUCUCAAACCCUAUCUCAAAGUCUGCAUUGCCUACUACAAACAAUAGCCGAUCUCACACUGCUCCUACCGUCGGGGUCGUCUCUCCAGAAAACUGCCGUCCAAUGUUUCGGUCUGAAGUUCAAACAGUCCGACCAUCAGUUCCUACAUCGAUCGCAUGUGUUUGGUAAUAUUUCCAAAAUACUUUCCAAAUCGGAAGAGCAAAACGACGAUAAUCUGGCUCCAUCCAUUGCAUUGAUGAACUCCUACUCCAAUGCAGCAGAGGUCUACCAGGAGGAGCUUAUUAGGAUAAGUCUACUUAGUGAUAUUACGGAAAUUUUUGACCUUGUGGUAUCGUCGAGACCGGCUUUGGCGAACUCUCUCAUAGACAAUUCGACGGAAACGUUCUGGGAAAGCGAUGAGGAAGACCGCAAUAAACCGAAGAUAAUAGAGCUUACCAUGAACAGGACCAACUACCAGUGUAGAGCUAUUUGCGUACACAUUGACAACAGUCGUGAUAUUGGGAGUAAAGUAUCCAGCAUCUUACUAUACGGUGGAAGUUCGUUUGGCGAAACGUCUCUACUCAAAACAAUCGAUGUCGACCCGUUAGCUUGUAGCUGGAUAACGGCUCCGCUCUCCGAAGACGAAUGCACCCAUUAUCGGCUGGAAUUUCGUGGUCCAGAAGCUACACUUCGCGUUAGGCAACUUAAGCUACUGGGCAACACGACUGAGGAUAAGGCCGCCCAACUUAAGCAGAAUUUCAAAUCAACCAGUGCAAACUACAUUCAACAGAAACACUGCGAGGCGGAAACAUUGAGGGUCUUUCGGCUGCUUACUGGACAGGUAUUUGGAAAGCUAAUUCUUGAAAGUGGUAAAGGCUUCGGUUACAAUACUCCUACCUCAUCGAAAAUCAACGAAUCAACGGUGAUCUCUUCGUCGACAGAGUCACUUGAUCUGCGGGAGCACAUGGUCGGUAUUCUGUUCAGCCGUAGCAAGUUGAGUCACUUACAGAAACAAAUCAUUGUGCACAUUGUGCAUGCGAUACAGAAGGAAGCGCUGCGCUCGAGAGAAGAGUGGGAGCACAAUGUAAUGUUUAGUGCUGAUAACGAGACGGACUUUGAGGAGAACCUCAAGCUGAAUGAUACUUACUGUUUCGAAAUGUUGAGCAUGGUAUUGGCCCUUUCUGGGAGUGCCGUUGGGCGUUCAUAUUUGUCCCAUCAGCACGGUCUGCUGAAAGAUUUGUUCUCGCUUCUGCACACCGGAAGCGAUCGGGUGCAGCGCCAGGUAACGGCACUGAUUCGUCGCAUUUUGCCUGAAAUAUCCCCGGAGACAUUGUGUGAAUUGCUUGGGGUGGAAAAGAUUCCCGAAACGGAUUUUAAUCUGCUUAGCCAGAACAACGAGACUUUCAACAUGAACAAAUGUGGAAUUCUCGACAUCUUCUUAGCUGUCAUUGCCAAGGCUCUUCAGGUGCAGAUAAAAGUGAAAAACAAUUCCAACAAGAACCCUCCUACCAUGAAACUGUGGCGAUAUAUGAACAUUUGCAAGAUCGAUGAGUACGAAAAAUCAACGCUGAACAAGUUUUCGAUGACCAACUCCCAAAUGAGUAAUAUGGACCCGGAACGACCCAUGGGGACGACCACGACCAGGACAGUCAGCAGUCCCGUAGCGGAGCAGUACGACUUCGAGGUUUCGUCAUCGGACUUUCUCGACGAUAAAACAAACGAUGACAAUUCUGUCGAUUAUGAUAUAGCCAUGAAGUCCAAACCAGGAAUACGGGUAGAAACGACUGUCAAACCACGCUGGUUUCUGAAUGGUACGAUAUCGUCCAAACAAGCGGAAAACAUUAUGGUGCUGAUACGCGAUAUGGCGCAUGGUAAACUGUCGGAGAAGUGGUCGAUGAUUACGAAAGCUGCCAUCGCAGAAUGUAUUCUGAAUAUUACGCGGCUGUCGGAUGUGUACCGCGUUCCGGAGACUUGCAUGACCACUCCCACGCUUUGGCUUUCGUUGGCUAGUUUAUGCGUUCUGGAUCGUGAUCACGUGGAAAAGUUGUCUUCAAGCCAGUGGUCGAAGCAGUCAGAAUCUCGUCCACUUUGUUCCAAUCAUGACGACGAUGUCACUUAUGCUAUGAUAAUAUGUAGCCUGUGCGGUUCGCUAUGUUCGGAUUGCGAUCGUUUUCUACAUCUCAACCGGAAGACGCGAAACCAUUAUCGAACGGUUUGCAAAGAAGAAGAGGAAGCCAUCCGUGUGGAACUGCACGAAAGUUGCGGACGAGCAAAACUGUUCUGGCUGCUUGCCCUCGUCGAUUCAAAAACGUUAAAAGGGAUGCUCGAGUUCCGCAAUGGGAGCAAUACUCUCGUAUGCGAUCCUCCUAAUGCGAUCGGAGUGUGUCGCUUCUGUGGCGUUACGGGCAGCACUGGUUUACUUGCCGUUGGAAACGUAUGCGUAGAUCAACAGUGUCAAGAGUAUGCCGCCAGUGCAUGUGCCAAGGUGCAUAACUGCGGUCACCUGUGUGGUGGUAUUAUCAAUGAGGAAAAGUGUCUGCCUUGCUUGCAGCAAAAGUGUUUGACGUCAGAGAGCAAAGUCAGCGGAAAGGAACCCAAGCUGACGCAGGACGCGGACGAUAUGUGCAUGAUUUGCUUUACCGAGGCCCUCUCUUCGGCACCAUCGUUACAGCUGGACUGUGGGCAUGUUUUUCACUUUCACUGUUGCAAGGCCGUGCUCACGAGACGCUGGAAUGGUCCAAGAAUCAGUUUUGGCUUCUCGCAGUGUCCCAUCUGCAAAAUGGAUAUUCAGCACUUGGCGCUGGGAGAUAUUUUAGAAUCGAUCAUUUCAUUGAAAGCUGAUGUCAAACGAAAGGCUCUCAUGCGAUUAGAAUAUGAGGGAUUGACGAAAAACUUGGAUAGUAAGGAUUUGGCGUCGUACGCCAUGGAACGUUAUGCGUACUAUGUGUGCAGUCAGUGUGAGAAGGCAUAUUAUGGAGGCGAAGCACGCUGCGAUGCGGAACUAGGAGAAAACUACAACCCCCAGGAACUUGUUUGCGGGGGUUGUAGUGAUGUAGUGAAAGCUAAGAUGUGCCCAAAGCAUGGAACCGAUUUCCUCGAGUACAAAUGCCGAUACUGCUGCUCGGUGGCGGUAUUCUUCUGCUUUGGAACGACGCACUUUUGCGACACGUGUCACGACGACUUCCAACGGCUCACCAACAUACCGAAGAACAAGUUACCAAAAUGCCCGGCCGGGCCAAAGGCAAAACAACUGAUCGGGGAAGAGUGCCCCCUGCACGUAAUUCACCCGCCGACGGGGGAGGAGUUCGCACUUGGCUGUGGCAUCUGCCGUAAUGCUCAUACGUUCUGAGAGCUGUUUGCAACUCGAAAAUAGUGCUGACAUGAACAUUAGAUAAUAUAUUGAUACAUGAAUUUUAAACUGAUAAAUG